AUGUCCAAGAUUGCCAACACUGCCGCCGUGCUUGCGGCUGCUUUCAUCUCCCAGGCCGCCGCCCACACCUAUGUCAAGGAAUUUGAGGCUGGAGGCAAGACCUACCCUGGAUUCUACGCCGCUGACAAGAGCGGCGGUGAUGACUCUUCGCCUGCUUGGAGGACGAACCAGGGAUGGGGUUUCCAGCCCGUCUUCGGCGACAAGAUCAACGAUCCUGAUAUCAUCGCCCACAUGGAUGCCGAGCCCUCGCCGUUCACUGCCCCCGUCGACGCCGGCAGCGACGUCAAGUUUACCUGGCAGCACGACGGAGAGUGCGGUGGCAACGAGGUCGGCUGGGAUUGCUCCCACCACGGCUGGACUGCCACUUGGCUCGCACCCUGCAACGGCGACUGCAAGGACGUCCAGAAGGAGAACCUCAGCUUCUUCAAGAUCCACCAGUCUGGUUUGAUCGACUACCCUGCCGGCUCCCGCUACGCUGAGGGCGGCGAGAAGGAGCAGACCGGCUACUGGGGCACCGACGCCAUCUUCUACGACAACGCCAACACCCAGACCGUCACCAUCCCGAAGGACCUCCCCAGCGGCAACUACGUCCUCCGCACCGAGGUCGCGUCCGUACACAACAAUGGCGCCGUCUCCGAGCGACAGUUCUGGCCCCAGGCGCUCAACAUCGCCAUCCAGAACGGAAACGACAACGCUGAGAUGCCUGCUGGUAUCAAGGCCACCGAGAUCUACUCGUCUUCGGACAAGCAGCUCACCUUCGACCUCUACCAGCACGACGCCGGCGAGACCUUCGAUGCGCCGGGCCCGGCUCUUGCACCCUGUGCU